AUGCCCGCCGGAGUUGGUGCACAGCCGAGAAGUGCAGCCGUCCAGAACGGUUCGCCAAGGCUUGUGGUGAAAGAAGAAUCAAGUGUAUCGAAUAAAGUUGAUGGAGGGUAUCCUCCCAGUCUUCCACACGUGACAGACAACCUCACACCUCUCUCGGAUGCACUCCGGAGACAGGCCCAGUACACGUAUCGGGAGCUGAGCACAUUCAUGAAGUCGUUGGAGUCGUCGAGUGUGUCGGACAACGAGAAAAAACGGAAGUUUCUGGAUCUGUUGGUGUCUUUGCGGGAGAAUUUCAUCAGACUUUACGUGAUAUCGAAGUGGGCCCGAGACGCAACGGAGAUACAGAAACUGAUUGAUUUGUUUGCGUGGUUACGGGACCAGGGCCAGGCGAUUACGAAUGCUUUGGGCCAGCUGGGAAACAUGAAGCAGUCUCUAGUGUCUGCAAAAGUGCCGAAUCCGGAUAUUUCGACUGCCCUCGAGGUUUUGGUGCAGGGAAGGCCGCAACUUCCGACGCAUGACUUCCUUCCUGCCGAGAAGGUGCCGCAGGAGCUCAUUCUUGACACGUUGAGGCGGUUGGACAUUGCGAUAUCGGUGAAAAUGGCUCUGGCCACAAACCAGGAUCUGCCAAGGCAAUUCUACAAUUACGAGGUGCGAGAUGGACGCGUGAUAAUGGACGUGCACGGAUCAUUCGAGUGUGCACUCUCAUUGGCUAGCGAUGCUUCACCUGAAGCCGGUUCGUUGUCCGAUUUGCCAUUUUGCCUCGUGGACUUCAAGUUAGGAUUCCGGACGGAAAACUUGAAGAUUGUGCUGUCAAAAACUGCACUCCCGCAGCAGACGUUUGUGCAUCUGGAGCGGGUUGCGAACAUGGAGCUUGCCCGGGGUGGGUUGGUGGGGUUGUAUGAGCUGUUGCACGAGUAUGCACUAUCGUGCAAGCUUUUCAUGCUCCACCGGCAGCUUUUGAAGCUGAGAAUGGGUCUUUGGAGGGGCCAUCUUUCGCACAGCUACAGUGCGGAGCGGGGCAUUAUUGUGAUUUCGUACUGGCUGAAGAGAAGAGGUGCGUCUUCCCGGAUUGAGAUAGGCCGGGUGAGAGCUGCUGAAGGUGAGGAGAUGGAAAAGGGAGAAGUGAGGGAUGGGGUGAGGGAUGGACUUAAGAGUGGAGAUAAGAGUGGAGAUAAGAGUGGAGAUAAUAAUGCAGAUAAGAAUGGAGAUAAUAAUGCAGCCAAUGCAGUUAAUAAUGACACUAAAAGAAUAAAGACACUGGGUGCAGCAUGCGGAUCGACUCUCGGGCUCAGAUGGGUGAGAGAAAACAAAGUGUGCGAUUUGCAUGGGGUGGAGCUCGGCGGGGCCGACGGGUCGAUCGACGUUGAGCGGGUGAUCCGGCAGAUUAUCGGCAUCCACAUCGACGACGAGCUGAAGGAGCUCCGGUCGAAACUUGUGGCUUCGAUCGAGAAUGCGGAGCGGUUUUGCCACAUCCAGAAGCACGAUCUUGUGUUUGAUGUGAACCACAGGCGGACGGUCAUCUACAACAUCAGCCUGCUUUCCGGGCAGGGCUGUUUCCAGCAUCCUACUCCCGGCAUGGCCCGGGUAGUGAGCCAGAUCAACAGGAACCCGGCAGAUAAUGCAUUUGUUGGAUUGUUGAGGCUUCGGCUGCUGACCCAGGACCAGGAUCUCGGCACAGUACUCAGUGCCACCGGGUGGGCCCCGGUUCCUGGGAUCCAGAUGUCCCUGCAGGAGUCCGGGCUCGAUGCCGAUUUGAGCCAGCUCAAAAACACAUCUUUGGCCCCGCAACUCGCCGCGGUGCGAUUUUUCGCCCGGAAUGGAUGGCCCAGGGGAUUUUUCUUGGCUGCCGCGGUAUUCGGGUUCUCCACCAGGCCACAGUUCUGGAUCUGCCGGCUCUCCUCAUGCCAAGGAUGCUGGAAGGUUCUAUGGGCUGGAUCCGUGCAUCUGCCGCCGAAAAUCGACCAGUCACAACAAUUCUCCUUCGCCGGAUUGGACCACCUUGCCGGAAUCUGCACCUCCAAACUCGUCUGCCACUUGAUCGUCAACGAGCUCCGGGAAAUGCACUGCAAGGUGAAGAGAUUGCACCCGGACACCGACCGGGCCGCAGCCGACUUCGUCCGACGCGUCGCUGGUGAUGCGGUCGAUCGACGCGAUGUAUCACAAUCCGUGCUCCUUCUCAGCAAUCGGUCCCUGUUCGCGAUCCCAGGAGUCCGCAAUUCUCUGCUCCUCGUCGCGUCGAUCGAUGCGACUGCCACCCUCCGCGUCGCCGUCCACGGCCGCCUCUGCGACACCUCCCGGCUUGGCACCUUAGCCCACUCGCUAAACGGCAUCUCCGGUAUUUCUGGCCUCGCCUCUCACUCUACAUCCGUGAACCUUGACCAGGAUACCCGCAUUUUCACCAUUCGCAGUACCAUGAACCUAAAGGAGAGGUGGAUCAGCCACGACAGGGCAAGUUCAGCCUCUGAUACUCCUCCAGGCUCUCUUUCGGAUCUUGACGAUACCCCAGCGUUGGCCUCGACCAUCUUGGCAGCUCCCCUGACCGUGCUCCGCCAGCUUUCUGGCCUAUUAUCGUUAUUCCAGCUUGUUGGCAGCGAUCCACAGUUGAAACUCCGGGCUGUUACACUUGACAAAGUGUGUUUCCAGUACGGCGAGAAUGCCAACGAGUCCAUCACGCUAAAGUUGAAGGCCGGGGCCGCCAUUCCAGACACUCCGGAUGCCGAUCUGCCCCGGGGUUUGGGUAGCAGCAACGAAUCUGUCAGUCUAGAGUUGGCAGAUGGCAACCCACACUUACUGUGUGUCCCCCGUUUGAAGCAGUUGGUCUCGUCCGGGUUCAACUACGAGAAAAUCAGGAUGCUUAUCGUCUACUUGAGGCUAACGCUCCCUCUGUAUAGGGUGCAUGCCUCUUUGCUGAAACUGAGAAACGACCAGCUGGACCGGUUCAACGAGAAAAACGCCGACCCAGCAGUCCCCGUCUCCAAGAUGCAGAUGUUCCCAAGCCUGGGCUUCACCUUGUCGCUAUACCAGAUGGAGAUGAUGAGGAUCUUGUACUACAAGCUAAUCGCCAAGAAAGGUGACAAGAAGCAGAAACUCCAGAGGCUUGUGUGCGGCCUAGACAUCCAGUUGAAGCACAAGCACCACCGGAUGUCCCUGAGUGGCUCCGUCUACCUCAUAACGCUGUCCAGUCCGCUUGAUUCCACUUCCCCUAAUUCUCCUUCUUCGCAAUCCACAUCUUCAUCCACCAUUUCUGACUCAAGCGAUCUAUCCGUCCGCACUGCCUUAAUGGGCAUCUCCAAGUUCAUGAACCAGUACUUCAGCGGAGAAAAGCAGAUCCCGGUCAAGAGUUCCGCUUUGGAUGGUGAACUACCCGUUGUCUACCUUAAAACAGGACUAGUGUGCAAAUCCGUAUACCUUGAGCAGAUAGUCAACUUCCUACAUGCCAAGAUGCUCGAGGCUUUUGCCGACGAGAAAUGA